GCGCUACGAGUCUUGUCUGCUGCGUUUGAAGCGAAGGACGAGCGUCGGCGUGGGAACUAAAGUACUGUCCGAUGGGGACGCUCUGGCUUUCGAAGCCGCCAGUUUCAGUACAACAGCCCAAGAGGCCGUAUCAAACCAAAACUGCGGUCGCUGCUCCGCUUCGAGCCACAUACAUGCGUACCUUGCCCCGAUUGUACAUUUGACGUGCCAGCAAGGAAAGCGCCGGGGUUUUGAGGCGCAGCAAAGGUUUCCCGCAUGGUGAUGACCCACAACUUGACGUGCAGUUUCUUCUGCGCCGAUGUAUCGUCAAGCGAGAGCCUCUGCAGAGCAGCUGAGGCUGUGUAAUAGGUACAUAAUGAUAAAGCAAUCCAUCACAUACGGGACCCAGAAGUCUUCAGCGCCGCACCUUCGUGAGAUGGUGCCACACCCCGACCGACCAGAUCAAUGGAGCUGCUAAGCGAGAGGCAGCUUGGGGAGCAUGUUCGAUUCAGCGCACAGCGGUCGGAGUAUCACUUGAUUAUCACCCAAGAUGGGACAUCCACUCACGAAGAGUUCAAGGAUCAAACAUACGAUGCAGCAGACGACCUUCGCGUGCCUGAACGCCUUUGCGGCAGUAACGUGAAUGCUCCUGAAAAUGAUUUGGCGAGUCCCAUGGCACGAUUGAGAUGUGUGCUGCAACGAACGCGACCGGAUCACAUCAGCACACAGCCUGACCUUUUGCCUUUCAAAAAUGUGCAAUCUUUCCGAGAAUGCUUCUCCCGACUCGAUCUGCCCAUGUCAUACCUUCAAAUAGCGGAUGGUUCUGUUGCGACAACUUCGUGUCGAGUUGAAUACGACCAAGACCGGUGCAUGAAACGCAUGGAAUUUAUCUCAUAUUGCGUUAGUAAACAUGGCGACUGGUCUCUGGCCUUGUCUUACUCUGCUCAUGAGAGAGACGUAUCAGUUUUCUGGAGUGUUGAGCAAGGCAGCGAUCCACAGCACCUAGUUGAUUCAAUGAAGCUGUUCCGUAACAUGGCCGUGCAUCCGAUGCUGAUUCCCUGCAUUAUGUAUGCCAAAUUACUCGAGCGGUCGAUCCGGCGACGGAGCUCACUCAAAUCAAAAUUGCAAUCCAUGGAGGUCGCACUACAAGACGUCAGCAAGAAGAUCGCACGAGUGUCUCACAUCAAAACGCUGAACCAGGAGGCGGAUUUGGAUGAUGGCUUGGACGACGUCAGUGUGCUUCUGCUUCAAUUGCAGAGCUGCCGACGACAGCAGUCUAGCCGGGAAGGACGCUAUCACUUUUGGGAGAGCUACCAUGCCGCACUAGAGAAAGGUUUGGGACACUGCGACGAAUUGAAGCAAAGCCCCGAAUUUAUCUCGGCACACAUGAAGCUUCGUCAAUGGUCGACCUUGACAUGGGAGCGAUUCCAGAGCCUUCAGGCCCGCGACAAGGAUCACGUCAACCGGGUCAAUCUUGUUGCUGAGACGCUCUACCUGCUCAUUCAACAGCAAGAGAGCCAAGUUCAAACCAGAUUGGCAAAAGCAGCCCAGAUGGACAAUGAGGAUAUGAAGUUUAUCGCAGUGCUUGGCUCUAUAUUCCUGCCUGCUGGUCUUGUAUCGUCUCUGCUCGGUGUUGAUCGGUUUCAAUUUCUAGAGGGACCGCAAUUGUUUGGCUUCUACAUUGGCGUUACGGUGCCCUUCAUCACUCUGGUCGUGUGCAUUUGUCGACUCUGGCCGCGCUGGAAUCGUCGGCGGAUGCAGCAUCCGGACGAAGCGUAUCGGAAGUAUCUCGUUGCGAGACAAUUUAGCUUUCUGUGAUUCUAUCAUGGAAUUAUACACUAAAUCGUACACGGAAUGUAACCUUUUUGAUGCUC